AGAAAGAAAACUGUCCAACCCCAAAGAAAACUUUUUUUUUACAAAAAUUUAUUAAAUUACCUUUUAUUAAAAAUUGGUAAUUUAACAAUAUUACAAGUGCUUAAGAAUGAAGAAUAUUAAUAGUUUAAAUGUUAAUAUUCUUGUUUGAAAAAUGGUAAUAAUUAAUAAGUGAUUGAAUUUAAAUAUAUACUUAAAAGUUGAAAGUUAUUUUUUUAUAACCUCAAAUGAAGUUUCCUAAAAGUAUAAAUCGUAUAAAUUGUAUAAAUUUGGAAAAGAAAACAAUUUCAUAGAUUUAUGAUUAGUUGUAACUAAUCUUUUUAGUGGGUAAGUUUAAUCAUGUCAGAAAAGUCAAAGAAAAUAAUAACUCGAUUUCAUCCAAAACAUGGUGAAAAUAUUGUAUUGUGCGACGAUAAUACGGUGGCAUUUCGAAAAGCAAGUUUUGCGAAUGCACUGACAUUUAGCGAAAAGCCGCUUCAACCGGGUGAGAUUUUUUUACUUGAAAUUGAAAAAGAUGAGAGAGGAUGGAGCGGUCAUAUGAGAUUGGGUUUAACGCAAAUGGAUAUAACUAUGGAGGAUGUGGUAGGUUUACCACAAUGGGCUGUACCAAAUUUGGUGAAAUCAGGUCAAAGUUGGGUUUUUGCGAUUACAAAAAGUCGAAGUAUUUGGGAUAGUUUCGAAGGCAUUGGAGGAACUACGUACGGUAAUGGAAUUCCAGCAAGAGAAAAGAAGCUCGUUACUGAUGGUGUGAAUGUACAUACUUCUCGCGGUAUUAUACCUUACAGUGCUCUUCGACCAAAUACUGUGGGUUGUUCACAAAAUAUUCUUCCAACGGAUACAGGAAGUCGUAUAGGUGUUAUGUAUGUACCACAGGCUGGUUCAGAUAAAGCUGAAAUGCAUUUUAUUAUAAAUGGAGAAGAUCAGGGAGUUUGUCAAAAAGACAUUCCUUACAAAGCCGGACCUUUGCAUGCGAUAGUUGAUGUUUACGGUACAACGAAGCAAGUGAGAAUAGUUCAACUUUAUGGAUUAUCUACCUUGCAAGGUGCCUGUCGAGAUGCCAUUUUACAGUAUACGCAAAGAACUGCAGUUAAUUCUCUUCCUUUACCGAAGACUUUGAAAGACUUCCUCCUGUAUAAAUCCUAAUAACAAUGAGGAGAAUUAACAAUAUUUGUUUAGAAUACGACAUCUUGUUAUUAGUUCUUUUUAUAAGAACACUAAAUUGAAUUUAUUUUCCAACAAGAAGGUUAUUUUGAUUUAAUAUCUUAGUUUCGAACUCUAGAAUUCUUUUUCAAGUUUAUAAUUAUUUCUUUUGUAUUUUUUUUAAUUUCUUUUUACAUGGCGCCAUGUAUAAAAGAAAUCAGUAUUGAAAAAGAAAAGAAAAAGAAACCAAAAUAACCUUCUUAUUAGAAAAUAAUUUAAAAUACGGUUUUAAUAAAAACCAAAUAAUAAAUUGUAAUAUAAAAAAAAAGUGAUACACUUAUGUUGUAUCCACAUAAAAUGCAAUGAAAUAUAAAUAAAAAUUAUUUAAAAAAAAAUAAUAAUAACAAAAAAAAGUAAGUAGUAAUUUUAAAAACUGUAUUUUGAAAAUUCUUUUUAACAAUUUUACUGAUUUUUUUUUGUCAUGCUCAGAAUUUGUUUUUUUUAUCAAUACUUAUAAAAAGAACUAUUGUGCGCAAUUUUUAUUAUAAAUAAAAUAUACAC